CUGCGCCCGGAUCCAUAUCGCCGGUUCGCGUUCCCAAUGUGCCCAGAGCUGCUGAGACUGAGGACAAGUUUGAUUGCCCAUUUUGCGGCCAGGCCUUGGACUCAGCAAACAUGAAAGUGAGGCAACAAUGGAAGCGCCAUGUUUUUCGAGACCUCCGACCGUACAUCUGUACAUUUGCUACUUGUCAAACCGCAGAGAAGCUCUACGCUACUCGCCACGAGUGGGUCUAUCACGAGAUGCAUAUGCACCGGCGUAAGUGGGUUUGUGAAGCCUCGUGUGGCCUGGAAUUUGAUAGCAGGUCUACGAUGGCAAAGCACAUCCCACAUUGCCACCAAGAACCCCUAACAGAUACCCAGCUUCAGAUCAUGCUGGACAUGAGGGAGCGGCCCGUGGAUGAUCCAGUGCCUGCCUCUUGUCCAUUGUGCCCCGCGGAGCUCAUGAGCCUACGUCAGCUACAU